ACGCCAUUAUCAUUUUGAUUUGUUUAAGUGAGACCAGUUGCCGUCUAUCGCGUCCGGACAGUAGUAUCGAUAAAAUUAAGCAAACAUUAAACAUUUGUUGAAUCUGCAGAAGCCGGCGAAACAAAAUGAAUCCACUGGAUAAGAUACAUGCUCUGGACGAGAUCGAGAAGGAUAUAAUCCUUUGCAUGCAGAGUGCAGGCCAAGCACUGCAGGAAUUGGGCAAAGAGAAGUCGUCACAGAAAAAUGCCGAAACCCAGUCACAGCAGUUCCUCAAGAGCUUGUCUAGCGUGGAAUCAAAGCUAUCGGAGCAAAUCAACUAUUUAACCCAAGUGUCCACAGGUCAGCCGCACGAAGGUUCCGGCUAUGCGUCCGCCAAGGUCCUCCAAAUGGCCUGGCACCGCAUCCAGCAUGCACUCCGAGUUCGUGAGCUAGAGGAGACCAAGGCGAAGCAUUCGCAUGCUGCCCGUCAGCAGCAGAAACGUCAGCAGGAGCACGCCGCAGCCGCCCAACAACAGCAGCAACAACAACAACAACAACAGCAAGCUGCUCAGCAGCAGCAACAACAACAGCAGGCUGGACCUGGAAGCGGAGGGGGAGCCGCUGGCGGCGGAGAACAUCCAAUGGGAAGCAGUGAUUCCUCAAUGUCCACCAAUUAAUUUUAAGAGUAUAUAAGUUUCUAUAAAAAAAAUGCCAAGUUGAAUAAACAAGAUCUCAAUUUGCAACUUAAAUGUGUACU